AUGUCUCAACGUGUCGCAUCCAAGGACUUGGCCAAUGAUGAAGAGGAUACCACAAGUAGCUCUGAUGAGGAGGAUCUCUACGAUGAAGAAGAAGUGCUCGGUUUUGUUUUGCGCAGCGAGCGUCUUCCCCCAGAACAUCAGCUUCGACAUGAUCAUGUGCGCUCCUGCGUAGUGGCUGGCAUACGCCGGAAUCUCGACUUUGCAAAGUCAAGACCAGUGAGGAAACUCUGUGCAUCAAAGGCCGAUGAAUUCCCAAUGUUUGCGCGAGCGAGGAAUGCCCGUCUCAUCAUGAGCAACAAAAUCCCGAGGAUGAACUCCGCGGAGUCUUACCCAUACUGCAUUUGGUAUCCCGAUUUGGCGACGGAGCAAACAUAUGCAGACCUGGCGAAACAAUACCCUGCCAUGCGAUAUCAAGUCGGACGUGCCUGUGCGGUGGCAGGCUACAAUGAGCUGUACAAGUCCUUGGAGCUCUUGCCAGAUGUCUCCAUUGCAGAGGAGGCGCAGGACAAUAAGACAAGUGGCGGUGAGAUUUUUGAUCUCAUCAUGGCGAGCCCUGUGAAAUAUGCCGUCAUGAACGAUUACGAGAGAACGAUUAACCUCGAAAAUCCACAUGCGGCGUACCUAAACAACGAUGCAGCAGUUCGAUCCAAAUUCGACCUGAGAGAUCCAGACGAAGAGGGCACCCUCAAAGGACAUUGGGCCACAAUGCAUUGGGAUAUCACCGAAGACUGGCUACGACAAGAUAUAAAUUCACGGAUAGAGGUUGACGAUCCACCUCUGCAGCCAGAAUACGCUCACUUGCUCUAUUCGCCAUUACCGUUGGAUCUUCCGCCUAUCAAUAAAGACUUGCUCAUCUUAACAGCCGCCUACGAGGGCAAUGUUGACCGCUAUGCGCGUCUUCGACGUCCACAUCUGAUUCAAGAUGAGGCAUUCUGUGUCAUUCGCGGAAUCCACCACAGUGCAGCGUUCGCCCGUUGGUGGAGCGGAGAGCUUGCACAGGGAUUGCCAGAGCGUUGUGGUUCAGGAGACCACCCAAGUCCUUACAAGAUACGGAAUAUCUCAAUGGCCAUCAACGCUCGCUAUAUCAUGUCAAACGAUAUUGCACGCAUCUCAAAUGCGCCAAAGAACCACUUGCCUUAUAUGAUCUGGUACCCUCAUCGCCCGCAUCAAUCAACACUCCAAGAGGUUGUGAGGGUUCAGCCGGAGAUGAAACAAGCCGUGGCGCAUGCCUGUAUUGUUUGCAACUACCGCCGGCUCUGGGACAAGCUUCGUCCAGAUCCGCACCCAGUACUCUAUCGCGAAGCCAAGCAAUGCGCUGAACCAUAUUAUGUGGCAGAUCUGGAGGCGAGAGCGAAAGAACAAGGCAUCUUCCUUGGUGGAGAGAUGCCAAGGUGUCAUUAUCCACAAGCGAGGGCUCUCGCUCAAGAUAAAGAACCGACCUCGACAUUUUUACACGGACUGGCAAGUACUAGACUGAUAGACACCAUUGGUGAAGCAGACUUCACACGUCAGAUAGGGUUUUAUGGUGAUGGUUCAUUGUUAUCCGUCACUAGAGGUAGAGUUGACCUGUUCAUCUGUGCCACUGAGAAUGCCAGAGCGGUUGCAGCUCGACAAGUUGGUGGCUGGCGGAUGCCCCUUGAUUGGGUGGAGGAAGAACAUGAUGAAUAA